GACAACCGUACCCACAGCCUCUAUUGCAGUUGCCUUUCAACGCGUACAGGAGCUAAUCUUGCCCAACAGCUUUUGCAGCCCUAUAUUAUACCCCAAGUACUUUGAUCCGAUAAGAAAUGGCCUUUACUCCCAGAGGCGGACGUGGCGGUGGUGACCGUGGUGGUCGUGGCGGUCGCGGUGCUUCACUCCUAGAGGUGGUGCCCGCGGUGGAUUUGGUGAGGUCGCGGCGGCGGCGACCGUGGUGGCCCGCGGUGGUGGCCGUGGCGGCGGUCGCGGUGCUCCUCGAGGCAGGGGCGCUCCUCGUGAGGUGCCCGUGGAGCCAUCGCCACGCUGGAGUUUUCGUCGCACGCGGAAAAGAAGAUCUCCUUGUCACCAAGAAUUUGACUCCCGGAGAAUCUGUUUACGGCGAGAAGCGCAUCAGCGUUGGUUCCACCGCCGCACCAAAGGACGGCGAGACCGAGGCCCCAUCCAGCACCGAAUACCGCGUCUGGAAUCCCUUCCGUUCAAAGUUGGCCGCAGGUAUCUUGGGUGGUGUCGACAACAUCUACAUGGGACCCGGCUCCAAGGUCUUGUACUUGGGUGCCGCCUCAGGAACCUCAGUAUCUCACGUUGCUGAUAUCGUCGGACCGGAAGGAACCGUCUUCGCAGUUGAGUUCUCGCACCGCUCAGGUCGUGAUCUGAUCAACAUGGCUACCCACCGCACAAACGUCAUCCCCAUCGUCGAGGACGCCCGUCACCCUCUCAAGUACCGCAUGCUCGUUGGCAUGGUCGACUGCAUCUUCGCCGACGUUGCCCAGCCUGACCAGGCCCGUAUCGUCGGUCUCAACGCCGGAUUGUUCCUCAAGGUUGGCGGCGGUAUCGUCAUUUCCAUCAAGGCCAACUGUAUCGACUCAACCGCUGCCCCCGAGGCUGUCUUCGCACAGGAAGUCAACAAGCUGAGGGAGAUGGGCAUCAAGCCUAAGGAGCAGCUUACUCUUGAGCCCUUCGAGCGUGACCACGCCAUGGUUGUCGGUGUCUACCAGCGAUCGCAAUAAAUGGGGGACCAGAGCUGUAAUGGUUUGACGGCGCUUUUCUGAUUUCAAUCAUGCAUGCAUGCGGUCAUAUACCUGUACUCGCACGGAACUUGGUACUUGGUGUUUUCAGGCGUCACGAGGGAACUUUGUCAUCAACUUUCAGAUAAAAGAUUUAUGGAUGCAAUUCAAACGUUUACGAC